UUGUUCUCUUUUUUGUUCUCGUCCAUCCCCAUAUCCGCCGUCGCCUCUCUCCUCCCAUACAACAGCGUGUACCAACACCCACUUCUCCAUGGCCGAUGCAGGCCCCUCUACGCAGACGGGGGGACCGACCGCUGUCCCGCAACCAGCGGACCAAACCCCUUACUCUAUCAUCGCGCUCUCAGAGAUCUUUGGCUCCAUCAAUCCUCCUAUCGCCACUGCCACAGCAUCGCGCGCCGGCUCUACACGACGCAAACGCAAAGCCCCCGCGCGCGCCGGCUUUGCACCACGCACAAGCAAAGCUACCGCAGUCCCUCCCCACUCGCAAUCUUCUGUCGUCAAUGCGCACCCCUCCCGUCUCGGCCAUCCCGCGAAUGCGAGUCUCGGAGGUCCUCUACGGUUGGUCCCGUUCAACCUUACGAUCCGCCACCGCUACCCCAACGGGUUCAAGAUUAACCCAUACCGCACUGUAAACAGAGUGUUGAUGGGUUCAUACUGGACCGAUUGCUAUCCCAGGAUCCCAAACGAACCUCAUUUCCAAAGCGAACACAUCGUCCCUUAUGUCCGUAAAUUCUAUGUUCAUCCCGAGGCUGCUGAAUACUCUACCACCUGGAACACGAACGUGAACUUCCUCGACGAUCCUUUCUAUAUCGAUUUGGGGAUGAAGUUCACGGACUUGGAGAUUGUACAAUCUGUCAGGGAUCAUGACGCCGAGUUGCAAGUGAGUAGUUUCGCUUGUGCCCCGGAAAUCGUCGCUGAUCAGCUUCCAGUCAUCCCAAGGUACAUCCCAGGCUACAUCCAUGAUGUCGAAGAAGUUUGGCGGCAUAAAGCCAGAUGUCUGUCUAACAGGGUAUCACAUUGGAAAUCUCGCGGAAGGGACGUAUAGAAAAGAGCCCGUGGGAGGCGGAAAGUUGAGACAUACCGAUGACCCCCAACAAGUCCUCUACGCUAUCAUCGAGGUCAAGUGGGUCCCUUGGCCAGGAGCAAGUAAGCUCGAUCUACAAGGGAAAAUCGAUCUACACCUCAAAGGCCUCCAAUUCGCAAACAUGGAGGCUAUCAUGCAGACAAUCUACUACAGCCUACUUGGUUAUGACGUCUCAAAGUGUCGUUCGGCUAUCGCAUGGGCCAACGGGGAUUAUACUCGUAUCCUGAACCUGUCCGAUCUCCCCACAGAAGGAGAGGGGGCAGUCUUGGGCGGUGGCCAGAGAAUCUUGGUCGAAGCCGAUCCAGCUCUUGUCGUCAAGUUGAGGAACCGCCGCUUUGGUCGCCUGUCUGCAAAGGAUUUUGGCGAUCUUGCGGCAGGAAAUCAUCCCGUUGGUACUGGUAUCCGGUGGAAAGUACCGAAUUCCCUCAUCGCAAAUUAUGAGCACUGGAGCUUGAAUCAAGAGGCCAAGGAGCGCCUCGAUGCCACCAUCUAUCUGAACCUUGCCCUUGCUACUCGACAUCCAGAGGACGGUCAAAAUCCUCCUAUCAGCCACCAUCCCCUUACGAACGUCAUCGGCGCGAACGUCUCCAGAAAAGAGGCAUAUCAGUGGCUCCUUUUCAGCAAGAAGAUGAGAAAACGCCGCCCGCCGCCACAAAAAUUGCCGAAGACAGCUGCUUCGGCUGCGAAUGCCGCUGUUUCUCAUCCCCAGAAUGCUGCUCCGGCUGCGAAUGCCCCUGUUUCUGAUCCCCAGGGUCAGGAUGUCGGUGAGGAGAACGCCAGUGGAUCCGGGGAUGACGAUGAUGACGAUGAUGAGGAGGAUGAACAGGAGGAGGAGGAAGAGGAGAACCACCAUCCCCUUACGAACGUCAUCGGCGCGAACGUCUCCAGAAAAGAGGCAUAUCAGUGGCUCCUUUUCAGCAAGAAGAUGAGAAAACGCCGCCCGCCGCCACAAAAAUUGCCGAAGACAGCUGCUUCGGCUGCGAAUGCCGCUGUUUCUCAUCCCCAGAAUGCUGCUCCGGCUGCGAAUGCCCCUGUUUCUGAUCCCCAGGGUCAGGAUGUCGGUGAGGAGAACGCCAGUGGAUCCGGGGAUGACGAUGAUGACGAUGAUGAGGAGGAUGAACAGGAGGAGGAGGAAGAGGAGAAGGAGGAUGAAGAGGAGAAGGAGGAUGAAGAGGAGAAGGAGGAUGAAGAGGAGAAGGAGGAUGAAGAGGAGAACGACGGCGGUGGUGCUCCUGGUCCCGGAGGUGAUCCUCCUGGUCCCGGCGGUGAUGCUUUUGGUUCCGGCGGUGAUGCUUCUGGUCCCGACGGUGAUGCUUCUGGUCCUGACGGCUACAAUCUCCGAUCGAGACGCAGGGACGAUGACAAUCAGGAGUCGUCUAGUAAAAGACAGAAAAGGGCCGAUGGAUCUGGACCGAACGAGUACUUGCCCCCCUCUCCUGUAUCACUCCCACUCGCUCCACCUCCGUCUUCCUUUUCGACAAUAUCCUCACUUUUCAAAAUUGAACAUCCAGUCAAUGUAGAGAAGUGGUGUUUGUCUGUCAAACAGAAGGCUUCUACUAAUCGUACAUUCAUCGAUACGGCCAUCCCUCUCAAUCCCCCCUCUUACACCACUGCCGAGCAAGUCCUUCCCGUCGAAUACUGGACUCACGGAGAGUACCUUGACUUUUUCUCGGGGCUUGGCCUAACCAUCGUGCUGGCCACGCCCGUGGAGGUCGAUGUAUUGCUCGCGCGGGCAGCCAAAUUUGGCUGGGCUGGGGCGCUGUGA